AUGAGGGUCAUAGAGGUCAUCAUAGACGGCUUCAAGUCGUAUGCCGUGCGAACGGUGAUUUCGGGAUGGGACGAAAGUUUCAACUCGAUCACUGGUCUCAACGGAUCCGGAAAGUCCAACAUCUUGGACGCCAUCUGCUUCGUUUUGGGAAUUACCAACAUGACAACAGUCCGAGCGCAAAAUCUCCAGGAUCUUAUCUACAAGCGCGGUCAAGCCGGUGUGACGAAAGCGAGUGUUACAAUUGUUUUCGACAAUAGAGACAAGAAGAAGUCGCCGAUCGGCUUCGAGGAGUACUCAACCAUCAGUGUAACUCGACAAAUCGUCCUUGGCGGCACAUCCAAAUACCUCAUCAAUGGACACCGAGCCCAACAACAGACUGUACAAAACCUUUUCCAGUCUGUCCAGCUAAACAUCAACAACCCAAAUUUCCUCAUUAUGCAGGGCCGAAUCACAAAGGUUCUCAACAUGAAGCCGGUCGAAAUUCUGGCCAUGAUUGAAGAAGCUGCGGGAACCAGAAUGUUUGAGGACAGGAGGGACAAGGCGCUUAAGACCAUGGCAAAGAAAGAGAUGAAACUGCAAGAAAUCACCGAGCUGCUACGAGACGAGAUCGAGCCGAAGCUCGAGAAGCUCAGGACGGAGAAGCGAGCCUUCCUGGACUUCCAACAAACCCAGAACGAUCUCGAGCGUCUUACACGGGUGGUCGUGGCGCACGACUACGUAAGGUGCCAAGAAAAGCUUGAGCAAUCCGCAGCAGACCUGGAGGGCAAGAAACAAAGACAAAAAGACCUCGAGGAGUCUGCGGCACGACUGAAGAGCGAAAUCUCCCACCUUGAAGAGGAUGUCAAACGAGUCCGAGCUCAGCGCGACAAGGAGUUGAAGAAAGGAGGAAAGGCGCAAGCCUUGGAGGAUGCCGUCAAGAAGCACUCAAACGAGCUGGUCAGACUUGCCACGGUCAUGGACUUGAAGAAGUCCAGCAUGGCGGAAGAGAAAGAGAAGAAGACGGCUGUCGAGAAGAACGUCGCGGAGCUGGAGGCGACACUGCAAGAAAAGACUCAGGCCUUUGAGGAGAUCAAAGCCCGAUUCGACGCAGCCAAGGACGACCUGGAGAAGCAAAGCCAAGAAGCCGAAUCCAAGGAGGAACUCUUGCAAACCUUGCAGACUGGUGUUGCAUCCAAGGAUGGUCAGGAAAGCGGUUACCAAGGCCAGCUGCAAGACGCAAGGAACCGCGCGACAGCAUCGGUUACCGAACAGGAGCAAGCAAAGAUGAAGAUUGCUCAUCUCGAAAAGCGUAUCAAGGAGGAGGAGCCGCGAGCCAAGAAGGCGAAAGAGCAGAAUGCCGACCUUCUCAGGGAUCUCGAAGGCCUCAGGUCACAGGCGCAGAAGCUCGAGAAAGAGCUCGGACGACUAGGCUUUGAGCCCGGCCAGGAAGAGCAAUUGUACCAGAAGCAGUCGUCCCUGCAGCAGCAGAUCCGAGGUCUUCGACAGGAGGCCGACGGCCUGAAGCGCAAGGUCGCCAACAUUGACUUCAACUAUGCCGACCCGACACCCAACUUCGAUAGAUCAAAGGUCAAGGGCUUGGUUGCCCAGCUGUUUACACUCGACAAGCAAAACACACAAGCCGGUACUGCGCUCGAGAUUUGCGCUGGUGGUCGCCUUUACAACGUCGUGGUUGACUCCGAAGUCACUGGCACUCAACUGCUUCAAGGAGGAAAGCUUCGCAAGCGUGUCACCAUCAUUCCUUUGAACAAGAUUGCGGCCUUCAAAGCCUCGGCUCAGGCCAUCGGGGCUGCCCAAAGAAUUGCACCAGGCAAGGUUGACCUAGCCCUGUCACUCGUCGGCUACGACAAUGAGGUCUCCGCCGCUAUGGAGUAUGUUUUCGGCAACACUCUCAUCUGCGCAGAUGCAGAGACGGCCAAGAGGGUCACCUUCGACCCCAACGUCAGAAUGAGGUCCAUCACCCUUGAGGGUGAUUCUUAUGACCCUUCAGGCACACUCUCGGGUGGUAGCUCCCCCAACUCCAGUGGUGUGCUCGUCACGCUGCAAAAGCUUAACGAGAUCACACGCCAACUCAAGGAGACCGAGUCUUCGUUGCACCAGCUUCAGCUCACUAUUGCGAGUGAGAAGUCAAAACUUGACCACGCUCGCAAGAUCAAGCAGGAACUUGACCUGAAGAGCCACGAGAUCAAGCUUGGUGAAGAGCAGAUUAGCAGCAACUCUUCUUCUUCAAUCAUCCAAGAGGUGCAGAACAUGAAGGAAACCAUUGCCCAGCUCAAGAGCGACACUGCGGAGGCCAAAAAGAGGCAUUUCGAAGCCACUGCUGACGUCAAGCGGAUUGAGAAGGACAUGAAGGACUUCGACAACAACAAGGAUGCCAAGCUUGUUGAGCUCCAGAAAUCAUUGGACAAGCUGAGGGCCGACCUAACCAAGAACACUGCUUCCGUCAAGGUUCUACAGAAGGAAGUACAGGGCGCUCAGCUCGACUCAGAACAGGUCUCUGGCGAUUUGUCCGCGGCCCGCGAACAGCAGCAAGAGGUUGAAGUAGCCAUCAAGGCCCAGCAGCAGGACGUCGAGGAUCUUGUCAAGCAGCAAAGCACCCUGCAAGAGACUCUUGACGGUGUCCAGGCCGAGCUUGACGAUGAGCGGGCCAAGCUCCAUGGAUUCGAUGACGAACUCCACGCCCUUGAAGAUGCUACCCGAUCCAAGAACGCCCGCAUCGCCGAGGAGAGUCUCGAGAUGCAGAAGCUUGGCCAUCAGGUCGAAAGGUUCCACAAGGAGCAGCAAUCGGCCGUGCAAACUGUUGCGCACAUGGAGAAGGAGCACGACUGGAUUGCCGACGAGAAGGAGAACUUUGGCCGUUCAGGAACGCCGUAUGACUUCAAGGGUCAGAACAUUGGCGAGUGCAAGUCGACGCUCCGUAACCUCACGGACCGCUUCCAGGGCAUGAAGAAGAAGAUCAACCCCAAGGUCAUGAACAUGAUUGAGAGUGUCGAGAAGAAGGAGGUGUCACUCAAGCACAUGAUGAAGACUGUCAUCCGCGACAAGCGCAAGAUUGAGGAGACCAUCAUCAGCCUGGACGACUACAAAAAGAAGGCCCUGCAAGAGACAUGGGAGAAGGUCAACGGCGACUUUGGUCAGAUUUUUAACGAGCUCUUGCCCGGCAGUUUCGCCAAGUUGGACCCCCCUGAAGGCAAGAUCAUUAGCGAUGGUCUCGAAGUCAAGGUAUCCCUUGGCAAGGUGUGGAAGCAGAGCUUGACUGAGCUGUCUGGUGGUCAGAGAUCUCUCAUCGCCCUUUCACUCAUCAUGGCCCUGCUGCAGUUCAAACCUGCGCCCAUGUACAUUCUUGACGAGGUUGACGCCGCGCUGGAUCUGUCCCACACGCAAAAUAUUGGUCGCCUGAUCAAGACGCGUUUCAAGGGCUCGCAGUUCAUCGUCGUCUCUCUCAAGGACGGCAUGUUCCAGAACGCGAACCGCAUCUUCCGGACUCGCUUCAGCGAAGGAACCAGUAUGGUUCAAGCAUUGACGCCUGCUGACAUGAACCGGAAAUAUGGGAGUAAUUGGCAUGAUAUCUAA